UUAUUUACUUCAUCGGAGCGACUGCCAUUUAGUCGUUGUCCUUUCACUCUCUUCGCCGGCUUUUCCAACGAUCUCCCCGGAGGGAAACGUUCUCCGGCGUUCCCCGAUUCUCCGGAUCGGAUUUAUUCAUCGAAUCUCUCUCGUUAUCGAUUGAUAUUUUUUCUUACUUGUAUUACCAACUGAGCUUUGCUUUUUUAUUUUAUUUUUUUCCAUCUGACUUCAAUUUGUCUUUCUAUUUCCCCAAUUCGAUUUCGCUAUUUCUUUCGCCAAUUUUUCAAUGGAGGACUGCAUCAGCAGCGAUGAAGACUACUAUGACUCCGAUCGUGAGUCUCUUCAGGGUCUCGAGAACGAGGACUCUGAAAUUCAGUGGGUUUCUAAAGGUCCCGCGACUAAGGUUAUUACAAAGGAAUCUCUCCUUGCUGCACAGAAGGAGGACAUGCGUAGAGUAAUGGAGUUACUAUCAUUGAGGGAGCACCAUGCUCGGACCUUACUCAUUCAUUACCGAUGGGAUGUAGAGAAAUUGUUUGCAGUACUUGUGGAGAAAGGGAAAGGUCACUUGUUUGCUACUGCUGGUGUUACUAUGAUUGAGAAUCGAAGUAAUUGUUCCUCUGAGACUUCCUCCGUGGUGAUGUGUGAUAUCUGCAUGGAGGAAGUACAUAGCAAUGAUGCAACAAGAGUGGAUUGUGGUCAUUGCUUUUGCAAUAACUGUUGGACUGAACAUUUCAUUGUGAAAAUAAAUGAGGGUCAGAGUCGUAGAAUCAGAUGCAUGGCCCACAAAUGUAAUGCAAUUUGUGAUGAAGCUGUUGUUAGGAAUCUAGUCAGUAAAAGGCAUCCAGAUCUUGCCAAUAAAUUUGAUCGUUUCCUUCUUGAAUCAUACAUCGAGGAUAACAAAAGAGUCAAGUGGUGUCCAAGCGCUCCUCAUUGCGGCAAUGCUAUACGCGUGGAGGAUGAUGAGUUCUGUGAAGUAGAAUGUUCUUGUGGUCUUCAGUUUUGUUUCAGUUGCUUAUCAGAUGCUCACUCGCCGUGUUCAUGUUUGAUGUGGGAACUUUGGAUUAAGAAGUGCCGAGAUGAAUCUGAAACUGUUAACUGGAUUACAGUUCAUACAAAGCCCUGUCCAAAGUGCCACAAACCUGUGGAGAAGAAUGGAGGCUGUAAUCUCGUCAGCUGCAUCUGUGGUCAAGCAUUUUGUUGGCUGUGUGGUGGAGCCACUGGUCGAGAGCACACUUGGUCGAGUAUUUCUGGUCAUAGUUGUGGGCGUUACAAAGAAGAAUCAGAACAGAAAGCUGAGCGAGCAAAACGGGAUUUGUACCGUUAUAUGCACUAUCAUAAUCGAUACAAAGCUCAUACAGAUUCUUUUAAGCUUGAAAGCAAAUUGAAGGAAUCCAUACAAGAGAAGAUCUCGAUUUCUGAAGAGAAGGAAUCUAUGCUCAGAGAUUUUAGUUGGGUAAACAAUGGACUGUGUAGACUUUUCAGAUCAAGGCGGGUUCUAUCAUACUCUUACCCAUUUGCGUUCUACAUGUUUGGGGAUGAGCUAUUCAAAGACGAGAUGACUCAGGAGGAAAGGGAGAUAAGGCAGCAUCUAUUUGAGGACCAACAGCAGCAACUUGAGGCAAAUGUUGAGAAGCUCUCCAAGUUUUUAGAGGAACCGUUUGAUCAAUACACGAAAGACAGGGUAAUGGAUAUAAGGAUGCAAGUCAUCAAUCUGUCGGUUAUCACCGAUACCCUCUGCAAGAAGAUGUACGACUGUAUUGAGAAUGAUCUUCUGGGUUCACUUGAACUGGGUAUCCACAAUAUUGCUCCUUACAAGUCGAAGGGCAUUGAGAAGGCGCUGGAGCUUUCUGCUUGUUGGAACAGCAAAGCAAAUAAUACAGACAAAUAUCUGCCAUCAGACUGUGGAACAAGUGGAGGAUUGUCAGAGCGGAAUAGACUGAGUAGCUUGAAUUCCGAUGAGAACGGAUGCUCGUCUAGGAAGCGUGCCAGAGCCGAAGUCGUUACUGGCAACUGCUUCGAUCUAAACUUACCUGCUGAGGUUGUUGAUAGAAACUGAUCUCUGGAAGUUGCGAGUUUAUAACGUAUAGUUGUACAGAUCUGACAUAAAACAUUAGCUUCGUUAGCACGGGGAUGGGCAAUCGAGGAUUGGCAAUCCUAGGUAUUUUUAACUCUUUACUCUUUGUUUAUCAAGUUUGUCUCAGGUUGAAUAUAUUGUCUUCGGCUGAGCUAUAUUUUGAAAGAGAAUUAUCUUUAAGUUUCACGUUCUUUACUUUUGAAAAUCCGCAAAUUGUACAUAGCAGUGAUAUCGGGAUUUGAUGAUGGUAUUUGGAAUGUAAAUGCUUAAUUCUCAGCUUGAGACAGACAAGAGGGUAUAUGCAUUUUGAGCUCUAGUCUAAUAUUCUCUCUUGCUGGAAGUCAAAUUUCUAUGCUGUGUUUUAUUUGA